UUACUGGGCUUCGAGGUACUAUUAUCACUAGACAACAAGUUGUGCGAUAUCCUGCGCACAAAAACAUUCGCAAGAGGAGCAUUUGCGGAAGAAAUACCUGUUGAUUGUUGCAAUCCGAAUGUCAUCAUGAAAAUUAUUGGGUUUUUGUUCAUCAAUUUCGUGGCGUAUGCCCUCGCCGCCCAGGAAAUUGACGUUAAGGCCUCUAUAACGAAGGUCGAGCGAAACACUAAUAAAUGGCUCCUCAUAAUAACAUCUUCAGAACAGACAAUCGAGUUUACGAAAGUCCUGAAGCCAAUCGACGUUGAGGACGAUCUAUUGAUCGAGUAUAAGAUCACGGAUAAGAGUGAUCAGGUAUUGGGCGAGGGUUCGGGUCCUCUCUGCACUCUUCCUAAAUCUAAGGACGGGAUUAUGGUCCACUUGAUGGGAAAAUUCCUGGGUGUCAAUCUUGAAUGUCCCGUGGACAAGAAAGAGGGAGAUAAACCCUCUGCGGUAACCUUUGGGCAGAUUGUUCUUGACGAAAACCCUGGAGCGGGUACGAAACUCUUCAUUGAAAUCUCUAUCAAGAAGGAGGACACUGCUAUCGUUACCUUAAACCUCGACGGCGGACCUCAGCAAUAAUCAUCCAGAUCUGAUGAAUGUAUUCAUUUGCUAAAUUUUGUGACUUGUAGUUGUGAAAAAAAUUAAAUGGAUUUGACAUGAGGGGAAUAAUAAGAAAGAUAAUGGAGAGUUCCAAA